AUGAACACCGCUCCGUUUAUCCCCCCACAGCUGCGCCACGGAGAAUCACGGAGGACUGCGGCACCGAAAGGCGGCACGAGAGGAGAAAGGGCUUACCGGCAGCUGCACGCCCGGCGCACUCCUUUCAAGGACAUCAACACCACGGCGUCCACUUGUCUCGAGUCGACUCGUGACACGACAGACGCUGCCGCAGCGACAAGUGGUAGCAGUGACGCCGCCGCCGCUGCUGACACUAGCCAUGAGAGCAGAGGUCGCACGCGAGAGAGGUCUCUCAGCUGGCACUGCCGCCAGAAACUCGGCGGCGAUCUACAACAGCAACAACAGCCUCCUGCGACGACUCCGACGUAUUCCUCUUCCGCCUUUUGUCCGUCUCCUUCUGCGUUCAGCAGCUACAACAACACCAACAUGCUGAUCGACAACAGCGGCAGAAUCAACGACGGCAAUUGCAGCUGCUGUACCACCCCGCGACAGCAAUAUUUUUGCUGCGAGUCGAUGCUGCGGAGCACUAGUUGCGGCAGUAGCAUCAGCAGUGGCAACGAGUCAGCAGGCGAAAGAGAAGGAGGGACGAGCCGUGAGGCCCGGGGGAGGCGGGGGCGGUCGGCUGGAGAACCGGGCGGCAAGGAGAGGGGGUCAGGAGGGGCUGGGUGUCGCGAGAGCAUUGACGCGGAAGAAUUGUUUCGCCGGAAAAACAAGAUGGCAUCCUUCAACGUGACCUACGGGAGGUGGGCGGAGAGCUACGACCGCGGCAUGGCCAGGCGCGCGUCCCUCGAGCGGAGAGAGCGCCUCGAGAUCGAGCGGGAGAACGACCUCAGGCGCCAGCGCGCAGAGGAAGAGUUCCAGGUGCGACGCCUACGCCUCAUGCUUUGCUUGCCAUUUUUUCGGGUUUCUUUCCGCGGAGAUGGUGGUGACACCGUUGCUGCUGCCGCUGCUGCCGCGACUACGCCCACCGCCACGCCUGCUCUUGGCGCGAGAUCGUCUUACCACGAACGAGCUUCCUCCGCUUCCCCUCGCCGCCGACGGCGGCGGCUGACUCAAAUCAGGAAGGAAGCAUGGACGGACGGGGAGCGGGACAAAGGGGUCGGCGGAAGCGGUAGCACACUUCGCAGCCCUUCCAGCCGCCAUUCGCCGUUCGCUUGGAGCGAAGAAUCGGCCCCUUUCUCCUCGGCGGGAGGGCGAGGGGAUGAGGGCGGUGUUGGGGUUGGCGGUAGCGGUAGCGGCCGUUGCGGCGGCGACGAGGAGGAGGAAGAGAGGAAGCGGAGACGGGGAGAGGAGGAACAGCGGCGGCGGCGCGACAAGGCGAAUCGAGCCUUCCGCGAGUGGCUCGGCCGCAAGAAGGGGGAGGCGCAGGCCGACCGUGAGGUGCAAAGGCGGAAGGAGGAGAAUCUCGAGAAAAUUAGGGUUUUGGAGGUGUCGCGGCGGUGGAAAAAGCGGCCGGUUGUCUGCGCCUACACGUACGGCGCGAAGGUCGGGGCACGGGAGUGGCAGGACCGAGAGGAGGGGGUACGUACACAGGCGGAGGGAGGUGAGGGGCAGCAGCCGGAGGAGCAGGAGGCCGGGCGGGUGGCAAGCAUGGGGGAAGGGAUGGAGAAGGAGCGGGAAGAGGAAGAGGAGAAGGAGAAGGAACGGCAAAUUGGCGUGGACCUGUAG